GUUAGUUUUGGAUGCUCUUAGGAGGAACAACGAGAGAGCGACAUGCUCUUCCCUCCGCUCUCGCUCACUUUCUAGUCCCUCUCUCAAUUUUGAACUUCCCGAAAAAAGCCCCCAAAAAGCAUUAAACAGUAUAGUAGUGUAGUACUAAUUUCCUCCCCAUUUCAUUUUCCAUUACCAUUUCCAUUUCCAUUUCUUACUUCAUCGGUCAAAACCCUAGGAAAGGCAUUGUCUUUGCUAUUUGCAUCAGAAUGACGCAAGGACAGAUUUUGGAACCAGGUCAACUGGAAUUUCCACCUCCUUCAAUUCUCCCUCCCUUAGUGAAAUCUGAUGGAAUGGAAACUCCAGAGCGCCAUAUCAUGUGCAGACCAGGUUUUGGUAGUAUUGGGCGUCACAUAUCUGUGCUCGUGAACUAUUUGAAGGUUUCCAUUGAAUCACCGGAUCAGACUUUUUAUCAGUAUGCAGUUAAAAUAACUUCUGAAGACGGCAGAUCAAUUGAAAACAAGUUGAUUCGGCUAAAGAUUAUUGAUAAGGUUUUCUUAACAUAUGCAUCUAAACUAGAUAUGAAAGCUUUUGCAUUUGAUGGGAAGGAAAAUCUGUAUACUAUUAGUCCUCUCCCAGAGAACAUUUCUAGCUUAACCUUAACGUAUGAAGAGUCAGUUGGAUUGAGUGCUGGCAAUCCUGAUGAAGCUGUAAAGAAAGCUAAGCAUUCUUUAGCUCCAAGGAUUUUUAAGGUGGAGCUUAACUAUGGUUGCAAAUUUCCUUUGCAAUCAAUUCCUCUAACCUCUGAAGGACAGACCUUAGGUGAAUCUCGGGAUGCAUUAACGGUACUUAAUAUGAUACUAAGGCAGCGGGCUAUCCAUAAGUUCUCUCUCUCUCUCUCUCUGUCUCUAUUUGUAUCUCUGUGUUUGCCUCCCCCAUGUAUCUCUUGUUUUGCAUUUUUGUAUGGCAUUGUACAGUUAGCAUUUGUUUUAUUCUAUUCUUUGUGUACUAAAUGCAGGGGACGCCUUUUGGUUAGGCAGUCAUUCUUUCAGGAUGAUUCCAGGAACUUCUUCGAGGUUGAUGAGAGCUUAUUGGGUUUGCGUGGGUAUAAUUCUAAUUUUGUUAUGACAUGUGCAGGAUUGUCAUUAAAGUUAGAUGUUGCUAUGACACUAACCUUGAAACCCGGACCUGUACUUGAUUUUCUACUGGCUAACCAAAAUGUGCGGGAGCCUCGCUAUAUCGACUGGGUAAAGGCCAAAAGAAUGUUGAAGAACUUGAAAAUCAAGACAACCCAUACUAACAGAGUAUUUAGAAUUAUAGGCUUGAGUGAUCGGCCUUGUUACCAGCAAAGUUUUCUUCUCAAAGUAAAAGAGAAUAAUGGUUCCAAUAAAGAGAAAGACCGAGAGACUACUGUGUUUGAAUAUUUCCACAAACAUCUUGGUGUAGUGUUGACUUAUUCAAAAUACAUGCCAUGCCUUGAUGUUGGUAAACCCAAUCGACCAAUCUAUCUACCAAUCGAGAUAUGUUCACUGAUCUCACUUCAGCGUCAUAGAAACCCUUUGUCUCCAACCCAGCAAAUAACCGUACUGGAGAAAUUUAAGCAAAAGCCCCAUGACAGAAUGAAAGCUUUGACAGAUGCUGUAAAGAACAACCAGUAUGAAAAUGAUCCAUUCCUAGGUGCUUGUGGAAUUUCUGUUGAGAAGCAAUUUAUGAAGAUAGCUGCUCGAGUCCUUGAACCACCAAAGCUAAAGGUUGGUAGAGGUCAAGAUUGCAUGCCUGAUGAGGGCCGAUGGAAUUUUAAGAAUAAACAAUUCCUGGAUCCUGUAAGUAUCAAGUGUUGGGCUAUUGUAAACUUUUCUUCUGGUGGUGAUACGAGCUAUCUGUCUCGAGAACUCAUUAAUUGUGGUCGAAGCAAAGGCAUGGAUAUAGAACGCCCAUAUGCGUUAAUCGAAGAGAACCAGCAGAUGAGAAAAGCCAGCCCUUUGGCAAGAGUUGAUGCAAUGUUUGAGAAAUUGCAAGAAAAGCUCCCAGAUCAACCAGAGUUCAUUUUGUGUGUAUUGCCAGAACGUAAAAUUUCUGAUCUAUAUGGACCUUGGAAAAUGAGAAGUUUAAGUACUUUUGGACUUGUAACACAAUGUGUUUGCCCUGUGAAAAUAACUGAACGGUAUCUCAUGAAUGUACUCCUUAAAAUUAAUUCUAAGCUUGGAGGUGUAAAUUCAUUAUUGGCAAUAGAGGAACAUUGCAUUUUACCCCAUGUGAAGGAUGUUCCGACAAUGAUAAUAGGGAUGGAUGUCUCUCAUGGUUCACCUGGUCGUUCAGAUCUUCCUUCAAUUGCGGCGGUUGUUGGUUCUUUAUCUUGGCCACUUAUAUCAAAAUAUAGAGCAGUCGUAAGAACUCAAUCUCCUAAAACAGAGAUAAUAGACUCACUGUUCAAACCAGAUGAAAACGGAGAAGAUUCUGGUAUCAUGAGGGAGCUAUUAAAGGCCUUCUAUGUUACAAGUGAGGGUAGAAAACCUGAGCAGAUAAUAAUUUUCAGAGAUGGAGUAGGCGAAUCACAAUUUUGCCAGGUCCUCAACAUUGAGCUGGAGCAGAUAAAACAGGCGUACAUGGGUCUUGGAGAAUCAGAAGUUCCAAAGUUCACAGUAAUUGUAGCGCAAAAGAGGCACCAUACUCGAUUGUUUGAAGCUGGGGGUUCUGGCAAUGUUCCACCUGGGACGGUUGUGGACACUGAAAUUGUGCAUCCAAGGAACUAUGAUUUCUACAUGUGUGCUCAUGGAGGGAUGAUAGGUACAUUGCGGCCCGUUCACUAUCAUGUCUUGCUUGAUGAGAUCGGCUUCUCACCAGAUGAGCUUCAAAAUUUCAUUCAUGCUCUAUCUUACGUGUACCGGAGGAGCUCUCAUGCUACCUCAGUGGUGGCACCCAUUUGUUAUGCUCAUCAUUCUGCCCGACAAGUGGGAAAGUUUGUCAAAUUUGACGAGCUUCAUGCGGCUUGUUCUGAAGACAAUGGCUUCACAUCUACAGAAAAUGUCCCUGUCCCCAAGUUGCCCAGGUUGCAUGACAAUGUUAAGGAUUCCAUGUUUUUCUGCUAAACUGGUAGUGUCGAAACCUUGAGGCAGAUAACAUCUGUAUAUAACAUUUUUGUAUAUAUAUGCACUUGCAUCGGAGUCCUAGCCUCUAUGAUGCACGUUUGAGGUCAGAUUCUGAUGAUGCAAGUGUGGCUAUGUUAAGUUUCUGAGUUAAAUUCAGCCACUUUGUACAAAUAGGUCAGGAAAAUUUUGUUUCAUCAUAUGCUUAAACAUGGGUAUUCACUAUGAAGAAUGCUAUGAAGCGUAGCUUUUGCUUUAAUAGGUCUUCUCUUGAGAGACCGUCUUUUGUAAAGAUACCUCUCAAGGAGCCCAACCCACAUCUGAUAAUUUAUUUAAAAAAAAACUGCUACUUCAGAAAAGUAAUGCACGUGUAUUAUGCUUGGGAAUUGAAAACGUCUAACUAUUAACUACCUCUUUCAAAGCAAUAUACAACUUGGAUUAAGAAUAUAUCAGUUUUUUCA